GAAGAGGCGGGCGCUCGGCUCACCAUGGCCGCCGCGGUACCGAUCUGAGCGGCGUCCACCCCGCGGUCCCGGGCCGCCCGGGCCAUGCGGCCUCCGCCGCUGUGGCUACUGUGGCUGCUGCUCUGUGGCCUCGGCGCCACUGCGCCUCCGCUAGACUCUUUUUCCCAGCUUGCUGCUCCUCAGCACCUGAACCUUCACCUGUACAAUGAUGAGCAGAUUCUGAGUUGGGCGCCGUCACCCCCCACCAACGACACGAGACCAGUGGUUUACCAGGUGGAGUAUAAAUUAGUGUAUGUCGUUCAUGUGAGCUUUUUUGUUUGUAAUUCUAUUUCAGUUACUGUUGGGCCUCCAAAAAACAUCUCGGUGACCCCAGGAAAAGGCUCCCUCAUCAUCCACUUCUCCCCUCCCUUUGAUGUGACGACAGAAGUAACUUUUGAGUAUCAUGUCCAUUACUGGGAAAAAACAGGAACCAAACAGGUGAGCGGCCCCUUUGAGAAGAACUCCAUUGUGUUGGAUGAUUUGAAGUCGUUUAGAGUUUACUGUUUACAAAUUGAGACGCAGCUGAUUGUGAAAAACAAAAGUAACUGUCGACCUAAGUCUUCGUUCAGCAACGUAUCUUGCCAAGAAACAACAGCAAAGGCCUACACCAGGCUGCAAGUCACCCUGAUCUUCCUGGGCAUCUCUCUGUCGCUGCUGGUGCUCACGGGGGCCUGCUUCUUCCUGUUCCUCAAAUACCAGAGCCGGGUGAAGUACUGGUUUCAAGCUCCCCCAAACAUCCCGGAACAAAUAAAGGAGUAUUUAAAGGACCCGGAGCAACCCAUCUUAGAAGUCUUGGACAAGGACAGUUCCCCAAAGGAUGAUGCCUGGGACUCUGUGUCCAUCAUUUCCUCUCUAGAAAAGGAACAAGAUCGUGUGCUCCAAACACUAUGAGCCCGGGCACCAGUCCCUGCUUGCCCAGGAUGAUGAUGUGGGAUGCUGCUGCCAUUCUGCCCAGACUCUGCAGAGACCACAGCGCCCCCACAGACUUCCGCCUCAGGAAGGCCUUUCAGGGGGAAGAUGGUGGACUCUUGAUUCUUUAUG